AUGAGAUACGUGCAACUCGGAACCAGCGGUCUGCGCAUCGCUCCAAUUGGAGUGGGAUGUAUGAGUUUUGGAAAUCCUGAAGGCCGCUUCAAGUGGUCAAUCCCCGAAGAAGAAGCCCUUCCUGUGCUUAAUCAUUGUUAUGAAUCCGGCCUAAAUUUCUUCGACACGGCAAAUGCCUAUUCUAACGGCUUGUCGGAAGAGAUACUCGGCAAAGCAAUCAAGAAAUACAAUUGGCGACGCGAAAACAUUGUUAUUGCAACCAAGCUGUGGGCGCCUGUCGGCCGCGGCCUCGAGCAGCCGAUGGCGAUGUCUGAUGAUGAGAAGGAUAACUCUGGAUACCUUAAUCAGUAUGGCCUGAGUCGGAAGCAUAUCUUUGAGAGCAUCGAUGCUAGCCUGAAAAGGCUGGACCUACCCUAUGUCGACUUGCUGCAGAUCCAUCGCUUCGAUCCUAGGACUCCUGUAAAGGAAACAAUGGAGGCACUUCACGACAUUGUGAAGGCAGGCAAAGUACGCUAUAUUGGUGCUUCAUCCAUGUGGGCCCAUCAGCUCCUUGAGUACCAGUAUACCGCUCGCAUCCACGGUUGGACGGAGUUUAUAUCGAUGCAGAAUCUCCACAACGCUAUAUAUCGGGAGGAGGAGCGAGAGAUGUACCCUGCAUGUGCUAAGUUUGGAAUCGGUGGAAUCCCCUGGAGCCCUAUUGCAAUGGGCUUUCUCGCCAGGCCCUGGCGUGAAUUCUCCAAUACUACACGCGGGGAGGGGCAAGGGCAGGGCUUCCUUGGUCAAGCCCCUACAGAGGCAGACAAGAAGAUUAAUGAACAGGUCGAAAAUCUCGCCAAAGAGCAUGGUGUAUCAAUGGCGAUUAUUGCAAUUGCUUGGUCGCUAUCGAAACCUUUUAUCACGGCUCCGAUUCUGGGAAUGAGUAAAAAGGAAAGGGUUGACGAGGCGGUUGCAGCUAUAUCAUUUACGCUUAGCCCCGAGGAGCUGAAGACAAUUGAUGACCUCUAUCAACCCCGGAAUGUUAUUGGACAUCAAUAA